AUGGGCGUCCGUCUCCGUUUCUCGAUGCAUGGGCGACGCCAUGAAAAGAUCUUCCGUCUGGUCGCCGUGGACUCGCGCAAGAGACGAGAUGCAAAACCAAUAGAGACGCUUGGCGUGUACAUCCCGAAGCCCACCGCUCACGACCACUACAAAACUGUUCAGUGGAGUGUGGACAGGAUAAAGUACUGGUUGGGGGUUGGUGCUCUGCCCUCGAAGCCCGUUGUGCGUUUGUUAGAGCUUGGCAAAAUCUUGCCACCGGAUUCGAAAUAUCACUCGAACGCCACGAAACCACCGUCACCACCUGAACCUCCUAUCUUAGACAAGUGA